AUGAUGAACACCGCUCGCCUGUGUUGGCUGAUUGCCGCCGUCGCCAAUUGUCGAAUGAUGGACUACACCGGCUACGCGCUCUACCGAUUCCGUGUCGAUCCGUCGGCCGACACACUUCGACACCUCGAGGCGUUCGACACCGAGUUCGACGAGGCGACAAAAACGUCGCGCCUUCAACUCGACGUCUGGUCGGAACCAUCGAAAUCGAAUCCGUUCGCCGACGUGCUCGUCGCGCCCGAGUUCACCGCCAAAUUUCGCCGAAUGGUGAUCAGCGAAGAGCGGCGGCUAAUCGCGAAAUUGCGACGACGACGGAAACGCUCGAUCGACGCGUGGGACCACUUCGACACGCACAUGUAUCAUUCAUACGGCGAUAUGACGCGAUUCAUGCGGUCGUUGGCUCGCCAAAAAUCCGACAUGGUCACCAUACACCACGUCGCCACGUCCUACGAGCAUCGCCAAAUCUAUGGUGUGAAAAUCAGCAAGCCCGGCGCGACGCGCAUCGACAAACCAUCGUUCAUCAUCGACGCCGGUGUGCACGCGCGCGAAUGGAUUGCGCCGGCGGUGGCGAUUUACAUGAUCAAGUACGCCGUCGCCAAUUAUGGUGUCGACGAGCGAUUGACGCGAAGUCUCAACAAAUUCGAUUGGUACAUCAUACCGCAGAUCAAUCCCGACGGCUAUGAGUACAGUAGGAAUACGGAUCGUCUUUGGCGAAAAACGCGAAGUGUCAACACGACGGUCAACAAAUGGUGUAUGGGCGCCGACGCGAAUCGCAAUUGGGGCUAUCGUUGGGGUGAAGCGGGCGCGAAUCGAACGCCGUGCUCCAACAUCUACAUGGGAAGUCAUCCGUAUUCGGAGCCGGAGAUUCGCGGCCUCAAAGACUUCAUCGCGUGGAACGUCACCAAUCCGAUACUCUACGUCAGCCUUCACUCAUACGGCCAACUGCUUUUGUCGCCGUGGGGCUACACGAACGAGAAGACGGCCAACUAUUUGGAUCAGCGAAAAGCCGCGCAGCUCGCCGUGCAAUCGAUGCGCAACACCACCGGCGCUUCCUACAAUUUUGGCACAAUUUCGGAGUUGAUGUAUCCGGCGUCUGGAACCAGCAUCGACUAUAUGCAGCACCUCGGUGUGCCCUACAUCUAUGGUGUCGAGUUGCGGCCCACCGACGCGCCGAAUAGUCCGGCGUUCAAUCUACCGCCGGAGUACAUCGAGACGACAGGCAAAGAGAUGUUGGCGGCGGUUUACGCGAUCUCCGAGCACGCCGUCAAAGUGCAACGCCUCUAA